GAUUUCGCACCCAUUGUCCCAACGAACCGUAGCAACGCAGCGCAUUUGAACCAAAUUAAAUCUGAAUUAAACUUCAUGGUUAACUGCAUGUGAGCUGAACUGGAAGCACUCGCCUCAGCCAUUGUUCAAACAGGGCCAGGGAAAGCAUAUGUCAGAAACUUUGACCAGGAUGUCAUCAUGGCGGGUGGUUCCUGUCCUCUUGGGUGAAACAAAAUCCUCGUCGAUGGAAGUUUAAGCUAUUUUUGUGAAAUUUUUUUCAUACAGCUAUGAAGGUAGUUCGUUUGUGGCUUUCAAAACUUCUUCGUAAGCCCAGGUUAAGUUUGAUUGUGAUAAUUUGCGCGUCGACUCUUCUGUUGUUAUUGGGAAUGUUUGGAGAGUGGAAUUACACGAAGAAGACAUCGUAUCGCAUUAUUUCGCCAGCUGAAUAUCACCAGUCCUUUCAGAUGUUAACCAACAUAGAUAUUGAGACUCUGAAGACUCAUCAGAACUGUUCUCCAGAAACACACAUCCUCUUUCUGAAGACACACAAAACAGGAUCUUCUACAAUAUCAAACAUUUUUUUCCGUUAUGGAGAUUCUCGCGGUCUUCAAUUUAUUCUUGGUUCAGACACACUGGUUGGUUGGCCAAGUCCUUUCAGAAUUUCACACACCCUACAUCCUAAUGGAUUUCAGCCAAAUUUUCUAUGUAGUCACACAAGAUUUAGUAAGAAAACUAUGAAUUACUUAUUUCCAAAAGACAGGAGUAAGUACAUAACAAUCCUUCGACAUCCUGUGGACCAAUUUGAGUCUGUUUUCAAUUACAUGGGGUUUGGUGAGGUAUAUAAUUUAGGGAGUGAUGCGACAGAAUCUAUAAAAGGAUUUCUUAGGAAAGGAAUAGAGUUUAAAGACAUCUUUAGGGCAAGAUCAUCUGUUCUAGCAAGAAAUCCAAUGAUGUUUGAUUUAGGUUUGGACUACAAGUUUUACCAGAAUGCAUCAGCUGUGAAAGACUACAUUGCAUUUUUGGAAAAGGAGUUUGACUUAGUCAUGAUAACAGAGUAUUUUGAGGAAUCUGUGGUGCUGAUGAAGCGUUUGCUCUGCUGGUCAUUCAUUGAUAUUCUUCACAUUAAAACUAAUGAGAGAAUUGCCCAAGAAAGAGCAGAGUUCGGUGGAAACUUGAGAGAAAACAUAAAACGCUGGAACAAAGCAGAUAUGUUACUUUAUGAUCACUUCAAUAAAACAUUUUGGUAUAAAAUAGAAAUGGAAGGGAAAGAGUUUUAUGAAGAUCUUGCAACUUUUCGUCGACUGAAAGAGGUUUUACACAAAAACUGUUUUGGAGAAGCAACAGUUGUGGAGGUUUAUCCUGGCAAGUAUGCAAAGACAUUGUCUUUAAAUCCAAACGUAUCAGGAGUGAGCAGAGAGGUAUGCAAAAAACUUAUUGUAAAGGAAAACAGCUACCUAAGUUAUUUAAGACAGAAGCAGUUGUACAAAUCACCAGGCCCUAUUGACACAACAAUAAUUGAGGCUGACCAACCUAAUAUCAGCUGGAGUGUAUCAAAAGAUUUUCAAUAUGAUCCUCUACCAAUAUAAUCUAGUAUUGAGAGUAUAGUGCAUACUGUUAAGAUAGAGCAUACUGUUAAGAUAGAGUUUAAAUUAGAUACGAGUUUGAAAUUACUGAUGCUAUAGUCAUUCAUGUAUUAAAUACUAUCACACCUACAAAAGACAAAUUUGUAAAGAAGUGUCUAAAGUAAUCCAGAAUUGCACAUAUUUUGCAUUACUUUGCUCUCUAAUUGGUCCAGAAAACUUGCACCACUGAACCAAUCAGAUGCAAAACUAAUACCAAUCUCAGUUGCUUGUAUUUCCUGUACUUUGCAUGGUUUACUCGUUUUUACGUCAAGUUCUCAUAGGCUCUUCAGGGUAUUUGGCAUUGAAUGGAGAAAUUACACGUCAGUCUCUUCUGGGAGUAACAGAAAUAUUUUACCAUUAAGCUUUUCAUUUGUAGCAACACUUGUCAAUAACAAAUAACUUUUUGCUAUUUUUGCUGCAUCCAAGGGAUGGUGCAGCAAUUAUGAACACAUUCACUAUCAAACCUGACCAGUACAAUAACAGAAACAGUCUAAAAAUUCCAUGUACCUUCCUCUUUAACUUUGACUGGUACAACUGAAUUUAGUUUGAACUGUUUGAUAAUUUCUGGAUGGAUAGUUUUUUAUAAAUGAUGCAUGGACUUACAUUUCUGAAAAUAUUCCUUAAAUAUCACAGUGACUCAAGAUGUUCAGAUCAGAAUUUUAUCUACUUUAAUCAAUAGUUUGAAAGUUUCUCUUUCUAGAGUUAUAUCUUAUUGCAUUCAUUAAUUGCUAUUUAAAUGUGGACAUAUUUAUUGAUUAUAUUUAAAUAGAAUUUGAGCCCCUAGAAU